AUGUUUGGCACUGGCGAGGUCAUGCUUGGGCACGCUGCAAGGGCAAUCUUGGGAUUUACGAAUUUCAUCGAUCUCAAGACAUAUACUUCGCUUUGGACAUUAGCCACUAUGCCUCUCGCCGCCAUGUUAAUUGUGUUUGACCUUGUCAUUCAAGACCCUACCAGUCAAGACGCCAAAACCAACCUUCUCUUUCUGGACAUGGCAUCUGGCUACUUUAGUCGCCUCGAGCAUGUGACCGACGCUGCCAUGCAAACCUCUCGGCUUUCCGAGUUUACCCAGAUUGCGAGAGAGUACCAUCGGAGCGAAGUCCUGAAACUGCAAACAGAUCAGAGCGAUCCAUCUGAAUUCCCAGGUCAACAGACGGGGUCAUUAUUGCUCGGCCAAUCGACGAUAAGCAGGGCAGGCCUCAUGGAUUCGGAAACGAAUGGCGGUCUGCCACCGCGCCACGAUGCUGCUGAAAUCCAAUCACCACAAGGUGUGCAAGCUCGCGAGGUAGGAAUGUCAGGGAUAGGCGAAGUUCCUAUACCGACUGCGGUGCUCGGCGGUCCCAUGUCCCAUCUGCAAAUGGCUGGCGGACAAUUCAGCUUUGAGGACUUGUUUAACGCAGCCAUCUUGCCAUUUGAGCAUCAACAAGCAUGGUGA